AUGUCAUUUUUAGCUGAUUUUGAACCUGCGCUUAUCCAUCAUUACUACGAUCGAGAUCAGCGCAACAAAACCAAGUUGGAUUUUGAAAUUAAGGGAUUGAAUAUCUACGAUCCUUCGAAGCUAACAAUCAAGGGCCAAGAAUCACCAAUUCAGGAAAAUAAAAUCAAUAUUACUACCGGUGGCUCUAAGAUUGCGAAAGAUCGUUUAACAUCAAUCGGCCAUAACAUGACGUCGAACAUUAAACCUCGUUCUGAAUCACAAAUUGGAGAUUACUUAGACAAACUA